AACUCAGUAUUUCUGAUAAUGCGAGUAAUAAUAGCAGUGCAUGACCUAGUUACAAUGAGUAGUAGGGAUAUCUCCGCUGUAUGAGAAAUCUAGAACCAGUAAUGCCCAUUUUCCAGUCUUGUUUUCAUUCGUGUGGUACAGGUAGUACCACCUCUCCUGCUGUUCCUGUGGACUUAGGAAAUGAUAUGAAUUGACAAGCGUUUUGGAAACACGAGGGUCGUACGUAACUAGGGAUUUUAUGCAGCUUUCGCUGAUGGCCGGCUGUGGAUAAACUGAGUGUCUUGAACUUAGGGAUGAUGCCAUCCUAAAAGGCCCCAAAUUUUGUAGUUGACUUGUUCUUUGUGUAGUUGUUUGGAAGUUUUAAAGUUGUAGAGAUACUUGAUUUAAUGACCUUACUUUGCAGGUGAAAAAUCCAAAGCCAGAGAAGAACGUGACUUAAAAACUUGGUAGCGUGACAGAGCCAGUCCUCCCUGGCCAUAGUCCGUUGCGAUGUGGGGGCAGGCAUGUUUUGACGUGAGCUCCUGCUGUAGUUGAUGCGGUCCCUGUGGGAGGAGAGGCACAGACCCUGUGACCAUGAUAGCAUCCAGUGCAUUUCGGCUUUGAAAUACUUUUAUGUUUGAAUGUCCUUUGUGAAUUUAUAACUGUCCAAGCAAAAGAAGCCGUGCAGUGAAAGCCUCGUCCAGAAGGAGCUGAAAAUUGGUGUGCUAUUCUCUUAUGCCUUCCCCUGAUCUCAGGAAAUUGUAAGAGAUUGUCACUUAAAUAUUUUCUGAAGUCAGAGGAUGCAAAUAACUAUUUUGUCUCAUCAGUUUUUCUAGCUCUCCCAUAAAGAUAAUUGAAAGAAAGCGUUAAGAUGAUUACUUCAUUCUUAGCGAGCAUACUUGUUUAGAAGACACAGCUCUCACAUUUCUUGAAAAAUGGAUUGUUCAGCAGCAAUCUGCAAAUCUGAGGUAGUUAUUCUCCAAGGACUUUCACUAUCCCAAAGGUAUAGUAACAUUGCACACAGAGGGUAUUUGCACAUAGUUAGGGUUGCUUUGGAGCAGGGGGGAUACUACAGUGGUGUAGUAAUGUAGGUUUGGGGAGAGCUUUGAGUAAGAGGACAGGAGAGACUUUGGGAGGUACAUGAAGUCCUGUAACUUCCACAGUAAUACAAUUUCAGUUUGAACUGCUUUUCUUUGAAGUUUGAUAUUCCUUUAUCACUCAUACCCUGCACCCUGAGGUGUCACUGAGCUGCUGCCUGCUGCCUUUCUAGGUUUGCAUUCACACCGCCUUCAAGCCAAUGAGAUGAGGAGAAUAAAAGGCUGAGGGGGAAGGUAAAGACUACAUCUGGGAAUAAAGGCAUCUUAAAAUUUGCCAAAUAUCAAAGUGUAUACUGUAGGUACUCCCAAGAGAACUAUUGUGUUUUUACUGUAAAUUACUUGAAGUAUUGAAUUGGAGGGUAGAGUAAGGAGAUAUUUUAAAUUCUGUUGGAGACAGUGGCCAUCAGUUGUCCAAUGAGAUGAGGAUUCCUGAGGUCAUGGGAAUAUAGACAGAAAGUAGACUUCCAGUUUGAUGUAGCCAUUGAGUACAUUUCAGAUUUGAAAGGACGUCCCCAAAUAGAAAGCUCGAACUUACUCUCAGUGUUCUCCAUUUAGUCAGCAGUUACCAAGUGCUUGCCGAGACCAUGUGACUGUUAGGACACUGUUUUUGUCUUCAGUGCGACAGCAGUCUGGAUGGGAAGGAUGUGUGGGACGAAAGGACUGUAGGUUCUGCUGAAUUACACAGUAAGUGCUCCAGGAGAGGAAGGCAGUUAGCAAGGCCGGAAGUAGCCAGUACGAUGGCGCUUCAUCUGUCAGCUCCUCAGAGAGCUUGGCCAGCCUUCCCGCUUCCAGGACUCUCUGGGCCUGGGAAGGGCAGCUACUCCUGAUCCUUGGUCAGUGUCUGAGCUGGCGGAAGGUGCCACGCUGUCCCUGUGUCACGAGACCCUCUCCCUUGCAGCCCUCUUGUGGGGGUGUGUAUCUCUCCUCACUUCUCUAUACACUACUCCUGGGUUUUUCUUCUUCACCUUAAGUUCAGGAUUGACAUUUCCUCACUUAAGGAGGUCCCUAGGUGGUUGGAAUUUCACGGGAUUUAAGAACUGGUGCUUUUUUCUUUUCUUUUUUAGUCUUUUCUGCUUAAAAAAUGAAAGUGUAGGCUGUGCUUUUUCUGUUGUUAAUCAGGAGUGAAUGGAAGAUGGUCAGUGUUGGGCAGCCGUGUAUCAGAGCCCGUGUGCAGUGUUCUGCUUAAUCCUCAGGGAUGUGGGAGUGGAGCUUACUCUUGCCCUCUUGGAGAUUCGGGAUGCAGAGGCCCACAGGCAGACGUGCCUGAGGUCAGCCUGGAAUGUGUGUCCCUACUGUUUCAUUCUCCUAGAUGUGAGUACCAAAAGGGAGGGUAAAGAGGGACUGAGACAUAAAAGGGAAGAAAAUGAUCGGAAUUAAAUCUUUUCAGCUAAAAACACAAUGAAAAAUUUGCAUUUGAAUUAGGACUUAGGAGCCUCUGAGCAGUUUGUCUUGCUUCAGGAGGGUGCCACAGCUUCACAGAUUGGACUGAGGUGCGGGCCAACUGCACCAGAGCUGUGAGGUCUUCAGGGACAAGCCUCAGUGAAAGGGGGUUAGUGCUCUCUGCAGGGCACUCACGUGGGAGAUGGAGCCCCGCGCUUGGGGUGCUAGGCGCCUGGGGAAUUUCGCCCCCAUAGGUCCCAUUGCUGAAAAAGCGAAAGUUCCUAGUUGUUGUGGGGAAUGUUGAGUUACUUCGAUGUUCUUGGCAGCUUUGGGCAAGUGGAGUAGUGAAACGUACCUCGGCCUGUUCUUUUCUUCCGUAAUUCUUUUUAUUCCAUCGUGUCUGUUCUUCCGCUCCAUCACGAGGAACGCGUCUCCCCUUGGGUAGCACUUCCACGCUCACCGCAGCCCUGGUCCCUCCUGCCCCCAGUUCCAGUUCGCCCUUGACCCCUGGUCUCCUUCCCAUAGCACUGGCUGAGCUGCUUGCUUCUGCAGAGAAGGGAGCAGCAGAAGAGCUGGCUGCCUCCCUGGGGCAGGAGGAGGGAGCGUGAGUCAGCGCUCAUUCUGUCCUCCCACCCGGUGACAUCUGUCUGCCAUCUGUCUGCUUCAGUCGUCCUCUGACUUGUCACCACUUAACCCACUACAGCGUCCUUCAGCUGUCUGAGAGACCCAUAAUAUUGAGGGGGCCUUCAGCAGUUCUUCCCUAGGGCAGCUCUGUGCAAGCCGGAAAUCAAAAUUGUGGCAGAAUAGCAAGAAACGCUUGGAACAGUGUGGAGCCCUUCAGGUGUGCCUGCGCCAGUGGCCUGUUUCCGAAGCACUUCCUGCACACGGGGAGAAGCCGCGGUCGGUAAACUCGUGACUUCCUCCCAAACGCGACCCCGUGAGUGUGUGCCUCUGUGUUCUUUCCGACACUCCCUCUUUUUCUGCCUUUACCUUUUCAUUCUUUCACACUCCUUAUUUGGCUUUUAUUGCUUAAUGCAGGACUUGAACACUCUUAAAAUUGUUUCUUCUCCAUGGACCAGAGAAGGCAGGAUGGGGCUGUGACAGUUGUGACCACAGUACCAGAUCUGCUGAGGUGGGGACAGACUUCACAGAACAUAUGCGUGCACAUGGGAGAGAGGAAGAGCACCCUCCACAGGGUCUGGUCCGUGCUGCGAUCCCCUUCCUGAAGAUUAAUUUAUUUUUGGAAAUCAAGUGCAAUAUUAAAAGGAAAACAAACCACACUACAUUAUUGGAAGCCAUUUCUGCUCAUUUUAUUACAUUUUAAAGUUUAUGAUUUGAUUUGAAUACUGUCAUGGGAGGAGCUGUGAGUGCUGGGGAAGAUAAUGAUGACUUAAUUGAUAACUUAAAAGAAGCUCAGUAUAUCCGCACUGAAAGAGUGGAGCAAGCCUUCAGAGCGAUCGAUCGCGGGGAUUACUAUUUGGAAGGCUACAGAGACAAUGCUUAUAAGGACUUAGCCUGGAAGCAUGGAAACAUACACUUGUCAGCACCUUGCAUUUAUUCUGAAGUUAUGGAAGCGUUGAAACUUCAACCAGGAUUAUCUUUUCUUAACCUGGGAAGUGGAACCGGAUAUUUAAGUACAAUGGUGGGCUUAAUUUUAGGUCCUUUUGGAAUAAAUCAUGGGAUUGAACUUCAUUCAGAUGUGGUGGAAUAUGCCAAGGAAAAACUGGAGAGCUUCAUCAAAAAUAGUGAUAGCUUUGACAAAUUUGAGUUCUGUGAACCUGCAUUUGUGGUUGGUAAUUGCCUCCAGAUAGCCUCUGACAGUCAUCAGUAUGAUCGAAUUUACUGUGGAGCCGGAGUCCAGAAAGACCAUGAGAACUACAUGAAAAUACUGUUAAAAGUUGGGGGCAUCUUAGUCAUGCCCAUAGAGGACCAGUUAACACAGAUUAUGAGAACUGGACAGAACACUUGGGAAAGUAAAAAUAUUCUUGCUGUUUCGUUUGCACCUCUCGUUCAGCCAAGCAAGAACGAUAAUGGCAAACCGGACUCCGUGGGGCUCCCCCCCUGUGCGGUCAGGAAUCUGCAAGACUUGGCUCGGAUUUACAUUCGGCGCACACUUAGGAAUUUCAUCAAUGAUGAGAUGCAGGCCAAGGGGAUUCCACAGCGGGCUCCACCCAAGAGGAAAAGAAAGAGAGUCAAACAGAGAAUUAACACUUAUGUGUUUGUGGGCAACCAGCUCAUUCCUCAGCCUCUAGACAGCGAGGAGGAUGAAAAAAUGGAAGAAGAUAACAAAGAGGAGGAAGAGAAAGAUCACAGUGAAGCCAUGAAGCCAGAGGAGCCACCUCAAAAUCUACUGAGAGAGAAAAUCAUGAAGCUGCCCCUCCCUGAAUCUUUAAAAGCUUACUUGACAUAUUUUAGAGACAAAUAAGGAGAAAGAAUACCUACUGAUAAUUCCUUUAGUCUUGAAAAAUGUAGUGUUUAUUAGAAGUUAAAAGAGAGAAUUCUUUCUUUCAUCAGAGCGAAUUAUAGUGGGGAAAAAAAGUAUAACUUGUCUGUGUCAGUAACAAAAAUGAUGUGUUCAGUGAUUUAAAAAGAAUCCCUUUUAUAAAAUCUAUUUUUCUUUAAAUGUUGGGAGAAUGCUGUUUUAAACUCAGAGUGAUCGCGAAGUGGAAUGCAACUAUAGUCAAGACUGUACUGUAAAUUCUUCCCUGACUCCUUAGAGAUUUGUAGUGGUGAGGGUUAUAUUUAAUUUUAUAUAAGGUUUAAAAGAUUGUUAAGCAUAUAUAAUCUGAUUCGAAUUGCACUUGUUUGCAUUUCCUUUACGAAAACUUUCUUACCGGAUAAGGAACUCCAAUGCUUUGUAGACCUGUUUACCUUCCUUUUGUCGCAGCCGCUCUAGCCGACUUGCUAUAGAUCUAUUCCGGGCAAUAUAUGAGUGCAAUAACAGUACAAGAGAUGGAAUAAUUUAGCUUUAAAAAAAAAUCAUGAGAUUUUACAGCCCAGGCCAAAUUUUUUUUGUAAUUUUUGCUACAGGGUGUGUAUGCUCAUGAGAGAAAUGGGGCUGGGGUUGUUGAAAAGUCACCUGCUGCUGGGGAUGGCCACCCCGCUGUCCCUUCUCCUCUUGGGAUUUUGGGCACUCACAUCCAUGUGGUCGGCAUGUUUUCUUCAAGACAUGGGUCAGGAAUUGAACCGCCCUGUCGGCCAUGUGAGAUCCAGCGCCCCUACCACUGUGCCACGGGCCGGCCCCGGUCCUGCUACUUUUUUUGCUUUAGAAUCUUUUGCCAAAAGACACGGGGAGAUACCUGCUUCUAUCACCAAGAUUCUAAGAGCACAGCAAGUGAAUAGUGAAGUAGGAAGUAUAUGCUUAAUCCAACUCUCAGUUUGUAUGGGCCCUUUACGUUUUCAGUAUUGAAAAAUGGUCAGGUUAUCUUAGUCUCUAGAAUUUUAAGAGGUAGUAUAUUUAGGAUCUCCUUUUUCUCUAGUUCAUUAUAUAAAGUAUUCGCUUUGAAAAAAGCCCCGCUGUCCUGUGUGCCCCCGGGCAGCGCGGUCGUGGGCAGCGUGAGGGACGCCGCUCCCGGAGCACGUGCAGGGCCGGGCAGCAGGCAGGGCGGGCGGGGCUGCAGAUGCACUUUAGCGCAUGGAGCUUCUGGUGUUCCGAGUGUUGAUCUGACAAGGAGGGCUCAGCUUGCCUGGAUCUGCUGUGGGUCUUUCUAGUCUAAGAAACAGUCACAGAAAUUACACGUAGAGGCCUUUUGUUUGGAACAUCCAGCUUAGAGUCGUAGUGUAAUCUUUGGGACCUGCGAGAUGUUCAUUAUUCCCAUAUUCUCUUAAUGUUUCUUCUGGUAGGUGUUUAAAGGUUUUCGUUGUUUGCUUACUGUCACACACUUAAGCUAUUCAUUUGAAUUUUGUUACAGCGUAUCAGCGAUCAGACAGGAAUCAUUUGUUUUCCUAGCAAGGCCUGGCAGCAGUCGUUCCCUGUUUAGAACACAGUGUGACGUGCGUGCUAUCAGUGCUGCGUGGACCAUGACCAUUCAAAGGGAAAGCACAGGCGGCACGGCGCCCGCCACCCGCGCCACCGUCGCAGUAGGUGCCCAGAUCUGCUGAGGGAAACCCAGUCCGUGUGGAGUGAAAGGUUACCACCAUUCUGCUGAGGUUCAGUUGCUUCGAAAACCUCAGUGCUUGAUGAUUCCACACGGCUGAAGAGAGAGAUUUGAUAGAGUCAGAAGCAUGAAAUUUUCCCAAGUAAUUAAGUAUAUUUUAGUAAUGCGAAAGACGAUUUCACGGAGAGCGCUUGUGUCGUACGGUGGCUGGAGGGUGGCACUGGGGGUAUCGUACAGUUUUUUGAUGAUGAUGAAGCUGUUGUCAGGAAAUGGCCAUCCAAUUUCUGUCUAGGAAAAGAUCCAUUUCAUUCAGUUGUCAUCUGUUAGAAAUGUUCAUUGUGUUUCGAACUCGUUGUUUGGGAAGUUGAUUCUUGAAUUCUCAGUGCCCACAUAUUUCUAUUCAGAAAACCUGGGGAGAGUUACCCUGGCAUCUCCUCACUCCCCCACUGUUUCUGUUGUUGUUGUCAGAGCUGAUAUCUAGAUAUGCAGAGAUCCAUAAACGGUUUUACUGCUUAGAGUGUUUGUUAUGGAUAUAUUUGAAGGUUGACUUUUUCAUACUGUCAUUCUGUUGACAUUGGUAAAAUGUAUAGUAGAUUUUCAUGAUCAUCACAUUUUUUUGUCAUUAAAAUGUAUCUUUUGUGUUUUUAAAUGCAUUCAUUUCACAGUUGUGACUUUAUCAUUGACUAAAUAAAGAGGUAGAAACAAAUGAAAAUUCAGAUGAAAAGCCUUUUUAAUCAAUGUGGAUAUAUUAAAAUAAGAAUAUUUUGGGUUCGUGUUUAUUUUUUCGUGAAUUCAUGUUUACUUGAGUAUGAAGAGUGUGCUUUAGUCAGGUGGAGGAGUGUGCAGAUCGGAUAAGCAGCAGUAAGCGCGCCAUGGGGACACAGUCGUGGGAUACGCAGCCAGGAGCAGCAGCGCCCACCUGUUCUACGCCUUUGUUUUGCAGAUGGGAAAAUAGCCUAGGGGUGGCACCUCUCGCCUGGGUCGGACAGCCAGUGAGAGCAGAGACGGUCUGGAAUGGUGCAGUGCCAGGUAAAUCCCAACACUGUCCACAGCAGGGGAGCCACCGAGAACAUCAUUCUGCUCCGUACUGCUUACUGGUCGAAAGACUACUCAGUUUUCGUAUUAAUGAAGAGAUACUAUUAAAAUGGUAUACUUAGUAGUUAAAAUAAAAUACAAACAUA